AUGUCGAAAAUGUCGAGCCAGGUCGAACCCACCAUCGUCACCGCCAUCGAGACCGGACCCUCAGCCUCUUCCUCCUCAGGACUUCCUCCCUCGGACAACUCGCCCAUGCUCAGACGCGGCUCCCGUGCAGCUCCACCAGAGGGUCUCGAUCUGAACUCCAAGAACAAGCUCGCACCCCCGACCGCCGAAAGACAGGACUUUCCAUCACCGGGUGGUGCUCCUGCAGGCCAACGAAUCUUUGACGCAAACGCCGUCGCCGAAGACAGAGGUGUCGAGACCAUUCCUGGAGGCUGGGCUAAGGGAGUCGAACAACAAAACGAAGUCGCUGAAGAAUACGAGAAGCAAGACGAUGCUUCGCAAAAGUCUUCCCCAAGCCUGAAGCAGAAGGUCAAGGACCUGCUUCAUCGCGACUAA